AUGCUCGCCCCCUGGGCCGCCGACGGCCCGGUCGAGCGGGCUUGGGCGGGGAAGAAGGAGUUGCCGCCAGGCGUGUGCGGGGACCCCCCCGGCGACUUUGAUGGCGACGGCGCAUUUCGUCUCGCGGACGCGGUUUUUCUCGCCGAGGUCUGGGCAGGGAAGAAGAGCUUUUCUGACGCAAUCGAGCCAACCGAGCCCACUGAGCCAACCGGGUUCGGGCUCUACAGCUACAGCGAGUGCAGCAGCCGCGACGAAGAGUGCGGCGGCUCCAUCUGCACAUCCCCGUAUGAGUACUGUGCAGCAUGGCCGUGCGACGUGUCUAGCGCUGGCUGCGAGGAGAGCUACUCGUAUUCGUGCCUGCCCUGCGGCGCGAUUGCCGGACGCCCAUACGUGGUGGACGGCUUGCCGCGCCUCCCAAAGGCCGUGGCCAGCGACCGGGGGAAAGGUGUGGCCCCUCCCCUCAAUGGCCGCAUCCCAAACAGCGUGCUCAGCGCCGCCGGCCACCAUUGGGCUGUGGCGGGCGGCGCCGAGUGGGCCUCGGUCGCUUCCUUCUCGAAGCACUCCCUCGAGCUACUGGCCAACGGUGCGCCGGCCCACCUCAUCAGCGGCAUGCACACCGCCGCCCUCGAGGAGGUUGGCCACGCAGAGGCAGCAUACGCGCUGGCCACGUCCUACCUCGGGGUUGCAGUCGGGCCAAGCGCACUCGACACCCGCGACAGCGGCGAGGUCCGCUCGCUCCCGGACGUUGCCGUUUCGACCGCCCGCGAGGGUUGCGUCGCUGAGACAGUGGCUGCCAUCGAGGCACAACUCACCCUCGCCGCGUGCAUCGCACCGGCGGCGUGCGCCGCCCUCGCCGUUGUCGCAAAUGAUGAGGCCUCCCACGCCGCCCUCGCCUGGCGCGAGCUCGAGUGGGCCAUCGGGCGCCAGCCGUCGCUAGCAACGACCCUGAAAGGGGUCCUCAGCGCCGCAGCAGCCGCGUUACUGGCGAAAAGCGGCGCCUCUCGCGCUGCCGCUGGUGACGAUGGCGAGGUCGACGCGGCGGCCCUGGCGGCGCACGGCGUGCCGUCGGCGCAACUGCGUGCGAGGGCAGGCGAACUGGCAGCGACCCUCGUGAUCCGGCCGGGCGCAGAGGCACUCCACACGGGCGGCGUCGCUGCGCGGGUUGAGUGGCUUCUCCGUGACGUCCUCGCCGAGGCGGGCGCGGGCCCCGCUUUCGUGACGCCGCAAGUGACGCCGCGCGCCGCAAAUGCUACUUGUCGUGUUCAGUCAUAG